UGAGGGGGAAGAGGUGUGUGGACAGAGUGCCGAGUGUUGUACCCGCGUCGCGUCCCGUCGAAGCCAUGGGCGGCACACGCCGGGGAGCCCUCGCGUCCCUGGCGCUGCUCGGCCUGGUUGUGCCGGCGCUGUGCGGAUGCCCAGAUGCCUGCCGAUGCUCCUUCACCAGCCUGAACUGCCUGGACCCCAACCGGCUGACCGGCGUUCCUGUGCUGGCACCACAGGACAGCGAGAACAUCACCGACAUCUACAUUGAGAACCAGGCUGACCUAAGGAACAUCACAGAAUUAGAUUUUGCCAGCUAUCGGGAACUGAAGAACCUAACAAUCACUUUCUGUGGGCUGGCUCACAUCUCCACAAAGGCCUUCCAGUACAACCUCAAGCUGCAGUAUGUCAACUUGGCUUCCAACUCUCUUCAGUUCAUCAGCUGGAAGGUGUUCCAUUCCCUCCCCCUACUGAACCUGAUUUUGAAAGACAACAUGCUGUCCUGCUCGUGUGACCUUCACUGGCUUCAGCAGUGGCAGAGCGCCGGGCUCGCGGACGUCCUGCACCAGACGCUGCACUGCUAUUCCAAUGGAAGCAUCCUGCCCUUGGAGAACAUGGUGAUGGAAAACUGCAGUAUGCCUGAGGUCACCGUUAUUGAUUCCCAGCACACCGUUCGGGAAGGAGGAAACUUAACCUUCCUUUGCCAGGUGAAAGGUGACCCAAUGCCGUUGGCAAGAUGGCAGACAGAAGGGCUGCAGUCCUAUUACACCUUGCAGGAGAGAAUCUGGGGACCCACACAGGAGCUAGUUAUCAGUCUGUUUAAUGUCUCCUCCAUGGACAAUCUCUACAACCUGACCUGUGAGGCCGAGAACCGGGCGGGUCCAGGAGAGGAUGUGGUGAUGCUGGACAUUCAGUUCCCAGUCAAGAUCCUAUGGCUGAGGGAUGCAGAGGCCCAGCAUCACUGGUGCUUCCCCUUCGCAGUGGAUGGUAACCCAGCGCCUACCAUCCGCUGGCUCUACAACGGCUCAGAGCUGACCGAGUCAGAGUUCAUGUACACCCAGCUCAUCGUGGAGAGGGAUGACGGAUCGGUGCAGCACGGCUGCCUUUUCCUCAAUAAACCCACCCAUCUUAACAACGGGCACUAUACCCUCAUCGUGAACAACGGGCUGGGCAGCGACCAGGCCACCGCCACAGGCAUAUUCAUGGACAGCCCCUUUGGACCCCUCGACCUUGACGGCAUCGUCCCCAUGCAAAGGGAUAUCAAAACUCCUCGCAGCAAAGCCAAUGAUGCUGUCACUGAGAAUCUGGAGAACAGAGUUUUUGGUGUGUCGGUGGCAGUGGGCCUGGCUGUAUUUGCAUGCACCUUCCUGCUCAUCAUGGUCCUGGUCAUCAAUAAGUGUGGGCAGCACUCCAAGUUCGGCAUCCACAGGGCAUCUGUCCUGGGUACAGAGGAGGACCUUGCAGUCUCACUUCGCUUCAUGAAUUUUGGGACCAGCACCCCCACAUCAGACAAGGGCACCCUUGAGUCCGGACUGUCCAGCUUUGUGGAGAACCCCCAGUAUUUCUGCGGCAUUAUCAAGGAUAAGGACAUGUGCGUGCAGCACAUUAAGAGGCAGGACAUCGUGCUGAAGUGGGAGCUGGGAGAGGGGGCCUUCGGCAAGGUUUACCUGGCAGAGUGCGCCAAACUGAGUCCCGACAGCGAUAGGAUGCUGGUUGCCAUUAAGACUUUGAAGGACGCCAACGAGUCGACGCGGCAGGACUUCCAGCGCGAGGCCGAGCUACUGACGGUGCUACAGCACGAGCACAUCGUGCGUUUCUAUGGGGUCUGCACCGACGGGGAGCCCCUAGCCAUGGUCUUCGAGUACAUGAGGCACGGAGACCUCAACCGCUUCCUGAGGGCCCAUGGACCAGAUGCCCGAAUGCUGGAGGAGGUGAAGAUACCCCCCCCUGGGCAGCUCACCCUGCCGCAGAUGCUGCAGAUCGCGGCUCAGAUCGCCUCAGGCAUGGUCUACCUGGCCUCUCUGCACUUCGUCCACCGGGAUCUAGCUACACGAAACUGUCUCGUCGGGGACGGUAUGGUGGUGAAGAUUGGGGAUUUCGGCAUGUCCCGGGACAUAUACAGCACCGAUUACUACAGGGUGGGCGGGCGAACCAUGCUGCCCAUACGCUGGAUGCCGCCGGAGAGCAUCAUGUACAGGAAAUUCACCACGGAGAGCGACAUCUGGAGUUUUGGCGUGGUCCUCUGGGAGAUCUUCACCUACGGAAAGCAGCCCUGGUACCAGCUCUCCAACAGUGAGGCAAUAGAGUGCAUCACCCAGGGCCGGGAGCUGGAGAGGCCUCGAACCUGUCCCAAGGAGGUGCACCUCCUCAUGCAGGCCUGCUGGCAGAGGGAGCCCCAGCAGAGGAUGCUCAUCAAGGACAUCCACAGCCGUCUGGUAGCUUUGGUCAAAAGUCCACCGGUCUAUCUGGAUAUCCUGGAGUAGAGGUGUGAGGAGGGGGCCUGGAAUAGCAGGGCUGGGGUCAGGUGAGGGGGGGAGCUUGGUGCAAAAAUCAUGCGAGAAAAAUCACUGAUCUCCUCUCCAGCUCUGGCCAUCCCUAUUCCAGGAAAAACACUCGAGAACCAAGAACGAUUCAACAGAACGAGUUCCUCUGGAGAAGUAGAAAGCCUCGCGUAUUCCCGUAAGUGGGUGAGGUCGGGCAAACUGUACGGAUUUGUGUUAUUUUUAAGGUGGAACUCGGACCUUUGACAGUAGCCUACCUAGAGGAAACAACACAAUAUGUAGGGUGAAAAUGUGAAAUCAAACGAUUUUGGCAAAAAAUAUUUAUUCCAAUAGAUUCAUAUUUAAGAUCUUAGUCAUUUCUGAAAGCAUUAAAAAAGGAUUUGCCCUUCUAAAUUGAGUCCUAAAUGUUUUGAGAAGUUAUGUUAUAUAUCCAUAAUUAUUUAAUAUUCAGUAAAUAGUUAUUAGGAUGAUUAUUAUGGAAACAAGCCAGAAUUUUCCAUUUUUUUAUCACCAGUCUACUUUAAUUCUACAGAAGUUAUUUCUUGUCAAAAGCAAUCAAAGCUUCGAAGCGUGUUCUUUGUCCUUCUGAUACUGAUAUUAUCUAGUGACCGGCCACAAAGUGCACUUAUUCACGUCAAACAUUUUUAAAUUAGAAUAUGACUCUACACUGUAAUUCAUAUACAUAGGUAGGUUGCAUAUAUGCGUGACAGCUGUGCACAGAGUCUGAGAACAAGCAACCGAUGAAAGAGACAAAAUCUGGUGGCCCCUGGCUCUGAGACAUUUGGAAAUGUUUACUAAAAUGUACAUAAUCUUCCCUUUUUUUGAUAGAUAACCCUUGAAUGGAAUGUUUUACAAUCUUGUUAAAGAGUGCCAUAAAUGCAUGUUACUGAUCCUACAAACUCAUAUCCACUUGAUCAGAAUGAUCUCUGUAUGUGACAAAAGCUGAACUGUACAUAGUCCACACCUGCAGUGUGUCUCUUGUAUCUACAACUUGACCAUUUAUUUACCAGCUUAGCUUCUAUAUCAUUUACAUUACAGUCGCCUUGUAUGUGUAUGUAUUUCUAACCUGCUUCUCUUAUAGUAUAAGCCUGUUGCAGGAGAGACUGCUUUAUACCCAAGAAAAGACUUAAUAGCUAAGCUAAAGGCCACCACGUUUCAGGUUGGCCUAUUCAGACUGGCCAGUAUUAUUUAAUGAUUUGUUAAGUGUCUCGAUGUGCAAAAUGUCAUAAAAAUGACUUCCAGUUAAAUUAGUUUUGUUUAUUUUUGGUUCAUUAAUAAUAAUUCUCUGUUCAGCCACUUGUACAGCAUGCUGUUUUUUUUAGGAUAAAUGAAUUGAGGCAUUUCUAAUUAGCCUUAGUCAUAUUAUACAACCUCAAAGGUUCACCACUGAUAACAGUUAAUAGUUUUUUUUAUUAUUGAAUUAUUAAAGCAUUUUUGGGCGAUCUUUGAAUUUACAGCAUUUCCCGUCGUGUCAAGUAAUAACUUCCUUUCUGUAACCAAUUAGCAAGCCAGUGACAGCCUUGGCCUAGAAGAUACUGCUAUAGCCCAAAGGUGCUUGGUGAAAGGGACUUCAUACGUUUUUUGUCCUCGAUUUGUGGAAGAAGUCCAGCUAAGUAGCAAAUUUUGCCACUGUGAGAGAAUAUUCAGAAGAGAGGAUGUUGCAUUUUGCCCGGCUGUCAGUACAUCACAAAGAAAAGGUAAAGGGAAGAGACAGGGAGAUACAGCAAUACGGCAGAGAAACCAUAGCAAAACUGGCAGUGCUUUCAUCCCACUGUCAGACCCAGCUAUGAGUGAAAAGGAGAAUCUAAAUGCAUCCAUUGGGGGGGAGAGAUACUGUAUGUAGGGCAGGAAAGCAAAAAGUAAAAUGACAGAAAGCAGAUCUGAGAAUGUGACAAUCCCAUAUGUGUAAUAUUUGUAAAAUAAACAUUAAAAAAAAAAUCUGUCAUUCAAAAAAAAAAAAAUGUGAUCCUGAAACUUUAAGUUUGUAAAUAUUGUUGCCACGA